GCCUUGGCGGUGACCCCGGUGCCCGUCACGCUGCACGUCUACGACCUAGGUUCGGCGUUCGCCGGCGUGAACAUGCUCGGGCGCGCCGUGGGCACCGGGGCAUUCCACGCUGCCGUAGAGGUGCAUGGGAAGGAGUGGAGCUUCGGCGCGUUCAGCGAUGGGCCCCACGGCAGUGGCAUUUUCUGGUGCCCGCCGAAGGGCUGCAGCGCCCAUAGCUACCGCGAGGGCCUCCCGAUGGGCGACACCACCCUGUCGAAAAAGGACUUCAACAGGCUUCUCGACAAGCUGGCGAGGGAGUGGCCAGGCUCGGACUACGACCUGCUGCGGCGGAACUGCUGCCACUUCUCCGCCGAGCUGUGCGACCGCCUCGGCGUGGGCCCCGUCCCGGCGUGGGUCACCAGCCUCGCGGGUGUCGGCGCCGCCCUCCGCAGCAGCGCGCGGAUGGUGGUGCGCGGCGCCGUGAACGCGCCCAUUUACGCCGCCCAGGGGAUCGCCGCCGCACCCUUCGCGGCGUACGACGCGCUGAUGGGCCCCGCGGAGUCGAUCGACGCGCGCGGGGCGGAAUCCUGCACGCCCGCGGCCGAGCGGCCCUCCGACGCGCCCGGCGAGCUGCAGAGGCAAGGCAGCGGUGCGCCCGCCGAGCUGCGGAGGCAAGGCAGCGCCGCGCCCGGUCCGCCGUCGACGGUGGCGGGCCCCCAGCCGCAGGCUGGCAACCUGGGCGCUGGACUGAAGGCUGGGGACGCGGUCGAGGUGUUCAGCAACUCCUGCAAGUCGUGGUGCGGGGCCCGGGUCGAGUCCGUAGACAGGGCCAGCUCGUCCAUCGUAGUGUCCUUCCGGCUCCCAGGGGCCGGGCCGAGCGAGCUCUCCACGAAGGUGCUGCCCUUCAACCACAAAAGCCUUCGGCGAGCCUCGCCUGGCGCUGCCGAUGCUGCGUGGUUCGGUGCUGCGUCGCGGGAGCCGGCGUUCGGCCCAGCCGAUGCCUUCGGCGAGGGGCAGGCCGUGGAGGUGUACAGCAACACCCAUGGGGCCUGGUGCCCAGGACAGGUGGAGCGGACCGCCGGGAACAUGCUCAGCGUGGCGUUCCUGGCUCCGGGCAGUGGGCCAGGGGAGUGGUCCCGGAAGGACAUCCCGGCCGACCACAAGGACGUGCGCGCGACCGGCGACGCGCAGAAGGCCGUGCAGAAGGACCUCAAGGUGGGAGACUGGGUCGAGGUCUUCAGCCACGCAAGCCAGAGCUGGGUCCUCAGCCGCGUCUCGCGGCUUCUGAGAGGCGGCGGCCUGGCGGCUGCGUUCCAGCUCCCGGGCGCGGCCGAGGGCGAGUGGGAGGAGAAGCGGGUGCUCCCCGGCAGCUCUGACCUGCGCCGGCCGCCAGGCACCGCCUCAGACGUUCGCGGCGGAGGGCUCUCCGCGGACCGACCGGCGCUGGACUGGAGCAGGGAGGAGAGGGCGGCCUACUCCAAGCUCAUGGAGGGCCUCUGCGACGUAAACAAGACGGUCGCGGACAUGGCCCGCGCGACGGCGGACGCCGCGCGGUGCGCGGAGUUCCUGAAGUCGUCGGGCUUGCCUCGCAGGGUGCUGAAGGAGAUCUGGAGCGUGAGCAACCCUGCUGGGCUGGACCGGCUGAGCUCGCAGGAGUUCUACACCUGCUGCCGGCUGGUGGGCCAUUGCCAGGCGCUGCUGGGCUCUGGGGACGCCAGUGCGGCGGAGGUCCUCGCUGAGGGCGCCGCUGAUUCGCUUCAGCUGCUAAUGCAAUGGGAACUGCUGGAGGAGCGCCCCCCCAAGCUGCCGGAGUUCGCGGCGGUGCCUGGAGGCCAUUGAGGAGGCGGCGUCGCCGGAAGGGGGCACCUGCUGCCGACGUUCGGACGUAGUGGGAGCUGGCCCAUACGCUGGAGUUCGAGGCGGUGACCGCUGGCCACUGAUGAGGCCGCGUCGCCGGAGGGGGCUUUCGGCUGCUGGUGCAGUGGGAGCUGCCAGGGGGAGCGGCCCACCCCCAGUCUGCCGAAGUUCGCGGCCGUGACCGCUGGCCACCGAUGAGGCCGCGUCGCCGCGGACGGGGGGGGAGCAGCGAAA